CCUUUUAGGUCUUACCAGACGCCCAACCCAGGAGCAAGAGGCAGCUGGUAUAGGAGACAGGAAGAUACGCCUUCACUCGUCUACUUUCCGCAGCACUGAGCGCUUCUACAAUACACCUGCUAUUUUACGAGACGUCGCCCAACCCUAUGAUGCGAGCUGAGACGUCCCGCUCUGCGUCGUCCCGCUCUGCGUCGUCCCGCCCCGUCUCGCCGCAAGGCCUCCUGGGAGCGGUAGUCCCCAGUCUGGGCGCUCCGGCGGCAGUAGCAAGGCGCGCUUGACCGCGGAACUACAGAGGGUGGCGCACCGGUCGCGAAGCUUUUCCGCCUCGCGUUUCCCUCCGGCCUGCGUGCCCGCCCCAGCUAUCAUGGCGGCUCCCUUGGCUCUGGUGCUGGUGGUGGCCGUGACCGUGCGGGCGGCCUUGUUCCGCUCCAGUCUGGCCGAAUUCAUUUCCGAACGGGUGGAGGUGGUGUCCCCACUGAGCUCUUGGAAGAGAGUGGUUGAAGGCCUCUCACUGUUGGACUUGGGAGUGUCUCCGUAUUCUGGAGCAGUAUUUCAUGAAACUCCAUUAAUAAUAUACCUCUUUCAUUUCCUGAUUGACUAUGCUGAAUUGGUAUUUAUGAUAACUGAUGUACUCACUGCCAUUGCCCUGUAUUUUGCAAUCCAGGACUUCAAUAAAGUUGUGUUUAAAAAGCAGAAACUCCUCCUAGAACUAGACCAGUAUGCCCCAGAUGUGGCCGAACUCAUCCGAACCCCGAUGGAAAUGCGUUACAUCCCUCUGAAAGUGGCCCUGUUCUAUCUCUUAAAUCCCUACACGGUCUUGUCUUGUGUUGCCAAGUCUACCUGUGCCAUCAACAAUACCCUCAUUGCUUUCUUCAUUUUGACCACAAUAAAAGGUAGUGCCUUCCUCAGUGCUAUUUUUCUUGCCUUAGCAACAUACCAGUCUCUGUACCCACUCACCUUGUUUGUUCCAGGACUCCUCUAUCUCCUCCAGCGGCAGUACAUACCUGUGAAAGUGAAGAGCAAAGCCUUCUGGAUCUUCUCUUGGGAAUAUGCCAUGAUGUACGUGGGAAGUCUAGUGGUAAUCAUUUGCCUCUCCUUCUUCCUUCUCAGCUCCUGGGAUUUCAUCCCUGCAGUCUAUGGCUUCAUACUUUCUGUUCCAGAUCUCACUCCAAACAUCGGUCUUUUCUGGUACUUCUUUGCGGAGAUGUUUGAGCACUUCAGCCUCUUCUUUGUGUGUGUGUUUCAGAUCAACGUCGUCUUCUACACCAUCCCCUUAGCCAUAAAGCUAAAGGAGCACCCUAUCUUCUUCAUGUUCAUCCAGAUGGCUAUCAUCUCCAUCUUCAAGUCCUACCCAACAGUGGGGGAUGUGGCCCUCUACAUGGCCUUCUUCCCUGUAUGGAACCAUCUCUACAGAUUCCUGAGAAACAUCUUUGUCCUCGCCUGCAUCAUUAUUGUCUGCUCCCUGCUCUUCCCUGUCCUGUGGCACCUCUGGAUUUAUGCAGGAAGUGCCAACUCUAAUUUCUUUUAUGCCAUCACGCUGACCUUCAACGUUGGGCAGAUCCUGCUCAUCUCGGAUUACUUCUAUGCCUUCCUGCGGCGGGAGUACUACCUCACACACGGCCUCCACUUGACGGCCAAGGACGGCACAGAGGCCAUGCUCGUGCUCAAGUAGGCCUGGCUGGACACAGGGCUGCACGGACUUCAGGGGGUGGAAGGGCCGGAAGCUGGGCCCAGCCCUCUAGCCAGAGCUGCCAGCAGAGUCCUCAGGCAAAUGAGGUUCGAGUCCAGGGUUACGAAUCUCUGGCACCAGAGAGGAACCAUGGUGGGGAGUAGCCAGGAGCACUUCCCCUUGGACCCCCCCUUUUUGGCUCUGCAUACCAGGAAGCUCCCCGUGAUGCUGGAUAGGGGAAGAAGCAGGGGAGCAGGAUUUGUUAAGUUGUGGCUACUUAAUAAAUGUUUUUUGUUAUGAGGAAA